CUUACAAGGAGCAUCAUCAGAGAUAUUCUUUACAUUGCAAACAACUAGAAAAUCAAUGUCCUUGGUUUGUUGUAAAAAUUAAUUAGUGUGCCACUAUAUAAAGCAAAUUAUUGGCGGAAGUGAAGACAGACACACACACAUAGAAAGAGAUAGGUGAAUAGUGAAACUUAAAUAGAGUGAAUUGAUCUACAAUGGAAGGUGUUGAAGUUGAACGACCAUUGAAACUUCACUUCAUUCCAUUUCCAGCACCUGGGCAUAUGAUCCCUAUGUGCAAGAUUGCAACUCUGUUUGCAUCACGUGGCCAUCAUGUCACAAUCAUCACCACUCCUUCCAACACCCACUUCUUCACCAACAAGAAUUCCUCCUUCGCCAUUCCCUUCUUCCACCUUCACACCGUCGACUUUCCCUUCCAAGAAGUCGGCCUCGCUAACGGCAUAGAAUCUUUGUCCUCCACCGCUGACCUCACCACUGCCACAAAGAUCAACUCAGGUUUAAUUCUCCUCCAAGGACCCAUUGGAGAUUUUUUGGAGAAGGAUCCACCUGACUACAUCAUCGUUGACUGCAUAUAUCCUGGAGUUUAUGACUUGGCGGAUAAGCUUCAUAUACCCACCAUAGGCUUUACCGUGAUGUCCCUCUUUACCGUGUCCCUUUUGGAAUCCCUCAGAACAACCCAUUUACUUCAUCCUCACACCGAUUCCGAUUUGGAUUCACAUUCUUUCGUUGUUCCAAAUUUUCCUCACCAUAUCACCUUGUGCACAAAACCACCAAAGAUGUUCACAAUAUUCCUAGAAAUGAUGCUUGAAACAAUACACAAAAGUAAUAGACUCAUCGUCAAUAGCUUCACUGAACUGGAUGGCAAAGAAUGCGUCGAACACUACGAAAAAAUCAUGGGUCACAAGGCUUGGCAUUUAGGUCCACAUUCACUUAUUUGUGAAACUGUUCAAGAAAAGGCAGAGAGGGGAAACGAGAGUGUUGUGAGCGUGCAUGAGUGUCAAAGUUGGCUAAACUCAAAGCAAGAAAAUUCAGUGUUGUACAUAUGCUUUGGGAGCCUAUGCAAUUUCUCUGAUAAACAGCUUUACGAAAUUUCAUGCGGAAUAGAAGCAUCGGGUAAAAAAUUCAUAUGGGUUGUUCCUGAGAAAAAAGGGAAGGAAGAUGAGAGCGAUGAGGAGAAAGAAAAGUGGUUGCCGAAGGGAUUUGAGGAGAGAAACAUUAGAAGGAAUAAGAUGGGUUUAAUCAUCAGGGGGUGGGCACCACAGGUACUGAUUUUGAGCCACCCUGCAGUGGGUGCAUUUAUGACUCACUGUGGAUGGAAUUCUGUUGUGGAAGCGGUUAGUGCAGGGAUUCCAAUGAUCACGUGGCCGGUUCACGGUGAACAUUUUUACAAUGAGAAACUCAUAACUAAUGUGCGAGGGAUUGGUGUGGAAGUCGGUGCAACAGAGUGGUGUUUGUAUGAUUUUGGGAAGAAAAAGGUUGUGAGUAGAGACAACAUAGAAAAGGCUGUGAGAAGAUUGAUAAAUGGUAGCAGUGAAGCCAAGGAAAUCAGACAACGUGCUCGAGAACUGGGGGAAAAGGCUAGACUAGCCGUGCAACAAGGUGGCUCCUCUAAUAAUAAUUUGUUGUCAUUGGUUGAUGAUCUUAAAAGAUGGAGAGACAUCCGCAAGACACUUGAUUAAUUCAAAUACUUAAUCAUAUUAAUGGAUUUUGUUGGUGAUAAGUCUACGGAUAAUCUGUUUUAAGGGUUGGCAUAUUGCUAUUUUUAGACUUUGUUUGAAGCGAAAUACUAAUAUUUCUACGUAAGACUACUUUUUUUCCCUUUCAAAUAGAAACAUUUCGUUCGAAUGAGGGGGGUUGUUUUUAGGGUCUCGGUGGCAGGUUUCUGUUUUUAAUACUUUCUCUUGUUGUCGUUCUGUUUAUGUAGCCAUUACUUGAUGUUACUCUGGAACUCGUUUGUUUUUUAAUGCGUUUUGUGCAA